UGUCGGUAUCAAGCUAAACAAAACAAACAGGGGGACGCCGACAGCGCAACCGUAAUUACAAAUUAUUCUGUUAAGGCAUGCUUUUGAACGAAAUUAAUGUCAUUAUAUUUUAAUAUACGUCGAUAUUAAUUUAGGUUUAUGUUCUCAAUAAAUAAUUAUUACAACCUCAGCGAGUGGAAGUUAACUGAGCGGAAUUGGUAACGCUAUUUUUUAAACCUAAUUAAAUAAUGGAGUUGGAACAGGCAACAGAAGACUGCGCUCAAAUCCAGCAAACACCCACAGCCGCUCAGUCCAAGAAGCCCAGUCAGGGUCUGUAUGUGCCCAAGCAACGACUUCAUGGCUCCAAAGAGAAAGCUCAGACUCAGGGAGAAGUAAAACCAAGACCCCGGCCUCGCUACACAGACAAGGCAAAGAAAAACGCCAAGAACAAGAAGGACAAGGCUGGAGCAGCGGACAAUGAAGCGUCUGUUGAAGGAGAAGAUGGAGGUAAGACAGAGAAUGGGGAUCCUGAUGUGACGGAUGAGCCCUUACAGGAUACAGAUGUGCCUGUUAAUGGUGAGCCUGGCUCCACCAAUGUGAAGGCAGAUGUUACCUCAUGGGUGGAAGAAGCAUCUCCCCAGGAGGCGGAAGGGGAAGAGGAGAGUUGGGACACCUUGUUCAAUGAUGAUGGAGAUUGUCUGGAACCACACCUACUUAAGGAGCUCUCUUUGCAGGAAGGUAGAAAGAAAAAGUCAAACCAGGAACCCAGGUUUGAUUACUACAACAUGGACCGAGAUGACGAGGACGACAUCGACCUCACGGAGGACGAACUUGCUCACAUUGUAGAGAUCUACAACUUCCCAGCAGAGUUUAAGACAGAGGACCUUCUCAAGUUAUUUCAGUGCUACCAAGAGAGAGGCUUUGACAUCAAGUGGAUUGAUGACUCUCAUGCCCUGGGCCUCUUCUCAAGCCCCAUAGCAGCUCGUGAAGCUUUAAGAUCCAGACACCCACUGAUGAAGUUGCGACCUCUUUCCAAAUCCUCCUCUGCCAUUAAGGCCCAAGCUCGUAGCUGCUCAGACUACCUCCUGCCUGCUAAAGAGAGACCUCAGACGAGUGCAGCACUGGCUCGAAAGCUUGUGAUCGGUGCCCUCGGUAUAAAGAGCAACCAGACAAAGGAUCAGCGUGAGUCAGAGCGAAAGAAGCUGCAGGAGGCGAGAGAACAAAAGCACCUGGCAGCCAAACAGAAGGAAGAUGCCUGGGAGGGAAAGUGACUGAACAGAAAACUACUGUUUUAUUUCCGUUUUUUGUUUUAGAUUCCUUGAUUCAGCAGAGGUUAAGCUCUGUUUUUCUCAACUGACCCCUCCUUCCUACCAACACACUUCCCAGACAUGUAAAAACUUUUUCCUUCUUUUCGUCACUGUCCUUUACCAGCCGUUACUGACGGUCUCGUCAUCCACCGUCCGUUGGCCUUCCGUUUGACAUCCGAGGAGAGAGUCCUGGUAGUGCUCUCCCUCCUUUAUGUUUGUAGUUUGUCCAUGCAGGGACUGUUGCCUCUGUGCCAUGGCCUGGGCUAACACAACCGACUCACCAGGGUUUUCUUUUAUAUUUCGUAAGGUUGUGACCACAGUCUGUCGUGAAGCACCCAGUCUAACCAUUUGGCUUACCCAAUUGACUAGCUCUAAGGUGUCAUGUUUGUCUUUAUAAGGAUUGUUUUAUGUGUUUAAUGUGAGCGAAGCAAAAGCUUUCUGUUGAAGGUCCUGUAAUAUUAAAUUCCAUCAUGAUGAUCACUAUACUAUAUAUGAACAUAGUUGAGGACCUGUUAGCUCGUCGUAUUAAACAUUUUUGAGAAGUGACAAGCCUCCAAAUAAGUUUCAUGGCUGUUCUGUCUGUUGAAUCCUAGGCAAAUGUAUCUUCUGUUGGGUGCACGUCUGUACACAUUUUCAACAAGAGGAGUCUUGUUGUCUAAAAAAGAAUUGUUACAGUUCAUUGUGAUCAUACGUUCUAAAGAAUGUAUUUCAAUCUAAUAAGCUUUUAGAUGACAUACAGAUUUUUUCUUUAUCUUGCUAGCUAGUUAAAAAAAGUAUUUUGGGGGUUAUUUUGGAGGGAAAUAAAUGUUGUGAAUACUGAGACUUUAGACUAGAGGAACCCUGCCUCGUCCAUGUGUAAUGUGUCCGUCCAGUAGUUGAGGCAAAAAAAAAAAAAAGUGGUCCUUUCCAGUAAUCUACAUUUUUAAGACAUUGUGCAAGACAGACAUUUACGGUGCUAGUAUAUUUGAAAGCUAUAUCUAAACAAUAAGUAGGAUUCGCUCUGCACACUGACAGAACUAAGCUCAGCAUACUAUUGAGUAGAUACAGAAUUUUAGUUACAUACAUUUUCAUUCUGAACUAUUUUCGUAAAAUAAGUUGUUGAUUAAGUGAAGUUCAACUCCAGUUUUUGGGAUGUAUCUCCCCUCCAUUUUAAAUGUAAUGGGAUCUAUUGUUACAAUUCUGCAACACCAGGGUUUAUCACAGCUCUUUCAAACUGCUUUGGAUUA